AUAUUGUCGUGGAUUUGCUGUUGGGUACGGUCAGAAACGCAAAACGAAAAAUGGCGCCAGCUAAGGACAACUUGAGUGCUGUUCUCUACGGGAUCAACGACCUACGAUUGGAACAAAGACCAAUUCCAGUUCCAAAAGAUAACCAGGUCCUUCUUCAGAUGGAAGUAGUAGGAAUUUGCGGUUCUGACGUUCAUUACCUAGUUAGUGGAAGAUGUGGACCAUUUGUUGUCAAAGACCCCAUGGUAAUUGGUCAUGAAGCUUCAGGAACAGUUGUAGAAGUUGGAAAAAAUGUUAAGAAUCUUAAACCAGGCGACAGAGUAGCCAUCGAACCUGGUGUACCAUGCCGUACCUGCCAUCACUGUAAAACUGGUGCCUAUCAUCUCUGCCCCGAUAUCUUCUUCUGUGCCACUCCUCCUGAUGAUGGUAAUCUCUCCAGAUACUACGUACAUGACGCUGAUUUCUGUUGGAAACUUCCUGAUAACAUGGAUCUCGAAGAAGGUGCUUUGAUGGAACCCUUAUCUGUUGGUGUCCACGCUUGCAAACGAGCUGAAAUUAAAGUGGGCGACGUCUGUCUUAUUACAGGAGCUGGUCCAAUCGGUCUCGUUACCCUCUUAUCGGCUAAAGCUAUGGGAGCUUCAAAAGUUGUUAUCACAGACAUUUUGGACGUAAAAUUAGAAAUGGCUAAAAAAUUGGGAGCAGAUUAUACCAUUAAAAUAGAAAAGGGUAUGUCUGAAGAAGACAUCGUCAAAAAAGUAAUCCAACUUUUGGGACAAGAACCAAAUAAGAGCUUGGACUGUACCGGAGUCGAACAAUGUGUCAGAGUUUGCGUAUCCGCAACUGGAACAAAUGGAUGCGUAGUACUAGUAGGAUUAGGUAAAAUUGAAAUGACUCUUCCAUUGACUAACGCCUUAAUCAAAGAAGUUGACGUUAGAGGAACAUUCAGAUAUGUUAACGAUUACCCCACCUCUAUUGAGCUAGUCAGAUCUGGAAGAGUAAAUGUCAAACCUUUGGUGACCCACCACUAUAAACUAGAAGACUCAGUAAAGGCAUUUACUACCGCUAAGACUCAAGAAGGCAACCCAGUUAAGAUCUUGAUCCACGCCAAUCCUAACUGGAAACCAUCUUAAUAGUUUAAUUGCCGCCAUGUGUAUUAGUUUUUGUUAAAAAAAUUGUUGAAAUGUAUGUUGUUUUUUUUUGUGUAUGUUAAUAAAGAAACUUUAAUUUAC